GAUUGGGUCACGUGGGGCUGUUUGGUUCGACCUGGCGCCGCGUACUUGUUCUUUUUGUGUGAAGAUACAUUAUAUCCUAUAAUUGUAUAAAUAUUGACUAGCUGCACAUGUAUUUGUCCAGAAUGGUGUUUCCUGAAUUUUUAGUCUCUGGGAUACUUUCCCUCCGCCCGGGAUCAAAACUGGAGAUUUCAGCAUUAUUCUAGGAUUUGACGUUUCUUUGAGUAGAAGAAACAGUUAUGCAGCGGAGAAACAAAGCAUCGAAUGUCGGAUUGCUUCUGCUACUUUCUCAGAUCUAUCAAGUUGGAUUGAACAGAAUUCCACCUGUCACACUUGUGACAUUGGCAAUAAACAUUUUUCUUUUUAUACAACCUCUGAAACGACUGGAUGAAACAUGCAUUAGCGUUAACGAGUGUCUUUACAUGAAAGAUUGGCAUCGUUUAUAUCUUUCACCAUUUCAUCAUGCAGAUGAUUGGCAUUUAUAUUUUAAUAUGGUUUCCCUGCUUUGGAAGGGAAUUAAUUUGGAAAGUAAGCUUGGAAGUGCAUGGUUUGGAUAUAUAAUUGCAUUGUUUUCUCUGCUAGUUGGAGUUCUAUAUAUGAUUCUGGAAAUUGCACUUGCAGAACUUCUGGAUAAUCCUAUGUAUAAGCUAAGCUGUGCUGUAGGGUUUUCAGGAGUGUUAUUUGCUUUGAAAGUUCUGAACAACUAUUAUCACCCUGGAGGCACCAGCAGAAUCAUGGGAAUACUUGUGCCAAACAAAUAUGCAUGUUGGUUGGAACUUAUAGCAAUUCAUUUACUUAAUCCAGGGAGCUCUUUUGCUGGUCAUCUGGCAGGUAUUCUUGUUGGCCUGAUGUACACCAAAGGACCUCUAAAGACAAUCAUGGAAGCAUGUGCAGGACAAAGAAACAGCUAUAGUUCAGGUGGUUUUAGUUAUUCUGGCAAUCCAUACUACACAUCAAGAGACUAUAAUGUGUACACUGAUGGAUUGAAUGAAGAGGAGCAGUUUGAAAGGGCAAUGAGAAACAGUCUGAAUGACAGAGGUGGCAGCUCAAGAAAUUACAAUGCUGAAAGGAGACCCUAUGGCUUCUGGUUUCCCCCAGAGGGACCAUCAGUAGAAGAACUUCAAAGGCAAAGGCUUAACAGAUAUGAAAGACAGUAAAAUUCUUGAGUGUCUGGUGGUGAUAUAUAAAGAUGUUUGUGGUAACUACCACAUGUUGGCCGAUUUUUUUUCCUGCCACAUUUAAACCGUCUUUCAGAAGAGAAUGUUUCCUGUCAGGUAUAUAUUUAAGAGGUGCCAAACUGUGUGAAAAGGUUAGGUCUAAAUUGUACUUUCUUGGUCUGGGGAUUUUAGAGAUUAAGGUUUAAAUUGAAAAGGUACCAAACAGCCAGACAUAAGUUAAAGAAUUCAGUUCACCAGGAACAAUUCUGAGGCUCUCUUGUUCAACUCCUAUUCAUCACAGGGGGUGGAAUUUUGAAGUUUCAGGGCAUUUUUGACUGUUCAACCUUUGGAGGUCAUUUGAGCCUACAGAUGUAUUCAAAUAUGCAUUUGUAAAUAUAGAGAUACUUUGUCAAACAGUUGUGUUCCAACAUUGCAUUAUUCUAUAAUGUAUUCAUAGCAAUAGAGUUAAUUAUUGCAAAGCAUUAAUGUAAUGUAAAUUAAGCCAGUAGUGAAAGAGUGAGUAAACAGAGUACGGCAAUAGCGAACAUAGAUAAUUAAGCAAAAUUUUGAGAUAAAAAGACGGAAGGCAAUGUAUUAAAAGUUAUCACAGCUUUCAUUUGGCUCAGACCUACCAUCUACUAGCAGGUAAAUCCACUUAUUCUUUUGCUUCCAAGGUCAUCUCAGAACAAUUGUUUAAGGAGACAAAAAGCCCUUCUUGGGCGUUUUCUGCAGUGUUCUGGGACAUUGCUGUAUGCUUGUGAAGGGUCAUUUUCAGUUAACAAAGUGUCAGUGAUAGACUGUACAUGUAAAUUCAUUUACAUUAUUACUCUCUCUGUUUUGUAUGAUACGCCUGAAAUUUGUAUUUAAGCCGAAGGAAGGGAACUUUUGCUGCCUUUGCCUUGUUCAGUAUAAUUUGAAGCAUACUUUGAUUUUAUCCUGUUGUGCAUAACUACUGGAAAUACUUACACGUUGAUUUAUUUGGCUAUUGGAAUGCAAGUUGUCUUAUUUGGCAGGAUUCUGUACUUUUGAAACCUUAACGCAUCUAGGAAUUUUGCUCCGAAUAUAUCAAUAUAUACAUUGCCUCACAAGAAACAGCUGAAUGAGAACUUUCUUGAAAUUUAGUUAAUGUAAUUUGUUUUGUCUUCUGGAUUUCAUCAGCAGAUUCUCAGAUACAACUAUCAAGCAUUCAGCAUCUGCAGGAUAUUUUUUUCCUGUUCAAUUCUGUCCCAAGGAAAACAAAACAAAGAUGCAAAUGCAGAAUGGUUUGGGGCUUUUCAAGUGGUGAGGAUCCUAAAUCUGGUGUUCGAUUUCAGAUGGUCAGCAACAGAUUUUACAGGCCUCAUCAUAGGAAAUAUUGAUUCUUCCCAUAAUUGCAUUGGCAGUGCAAAGUUUUGCUCUACAUGUGCAGCGUAUAUACUAACCAUGUUGUAGUCAGUCUUCAAACAGUUUAAUUUGUUGUGGAAGCAAUAGCAUUUAGUGUUUAGAAAAUAGCGUGUCCCCUUGUGAAAAAAGAACAAUUUCUGUCUCUUAAGAGCUCCUGUCUUAGUGAGCUAAUUUGAGUGCACUUUGCCAUCAUGUUUAAGCUUCAGUAUUUAAUUUGCAAUGUUCUACCAUUUCCAGAAUUCUAGUAGUUAUAAUUUUAUACUAAUGUUCAUAAUAAAGAUUUCUGUGCCUUUUUCAAAAAAAGCACCUCUAGCUCUUGAAAAGUUGAUCUUUAGGUGGGGCAAGAGGUUUGAAACUUGUUUAAUCAUGUUUCUGUAUGUUAAUUCGCAUUGUGCCUUGUAAAUUUUCUUGCGGCUUGUAAUUUUUGCUGUAAAAAAUACAUGUAUUCCACACUUGUUUCAGAUGA